GGGGGCAAGGGGGGUACGCCCCAUACGCCCCCUCUUAGAUCCGACUAUGGUUACCAGCGAACUGUUUGUGCGAUAACAGCCAUAACAUCGAUCUACAUGAAGUUGUGAAGAUAAAAAGGUAUCGUCAUCAAACUAUUUUUUCGUCGAUCGAUCGUGCUACAAUGUCUGGUCAAUUAAUAUGAAACCCAAAACAGUCUCACAAACGAUCUUCUCGUAAACUCGCGGCGCCUGACAAACACGACGACAUGGUUAUUCGCUUUGGAGAACAGAAUUUGAAGUAGUUUUUAAUUAUUGGUGUUCUGGAGCAUAUAGUGAUCAUUCAAGGCAUGGAGGCAGAUAAGCUACCGGUUUCGGAGGGUUUCAUUAGACCAUUUCUUCUCUCCGCAUGUAUAUAUCCGCUUCACAUUGUUGGAGGAGCAAUAAUGGGCCAAUCCGCCGGGAUGCUGCCGCAACUGUUGAAUAAGGACAGCUCGAUACCUAUUGAUAUGGAACAGGCAACUUGGAUAGCCAGUUCAACGGCGAUUGGUACGUGCAUCUCAUCAGCCAUAAGUGGACCCCUAUCGGAUAUGUUCGGUCGCAUGAGAGUGGUACAGAUGUCUUACUUCUUGAUGGCUCUCGGCCACGCUCUAAUGAUGGCAGCCAGCAGUUUCACAGGUCUUGUCGUCGGCCGGCUUACCGUCGGACUAGGAUUGGGUUGCGAUUUCGCAUCUUUCAUCUAUGUCUCCGAAACGGUGCCGGCUGCUCUGCGCGGGGUUCUGAUGGCACUCUACACGGUGAUGUGCUCCCUGGGUUUCAUAUACAUCUACGUAGUAGGAGGCUACUACCAUUGGACCAUCGCGACUGGUAUCAACGCCAUAACGGCCACCUCUGGUCUGGCCCUUUCUUUCUUCCUCUACGAGACCCCGGUUUGGCUCGUGCGUCAAGGUCGACUGAAGGCCGCCCGCAAGAGCCUUCGUCAAAGUGGGAUCGCCGCGAGCAACCUGGAGGCCAAGCUGAAGGAACUUCAGGAUGCGGCCGAGAACAAGUCCACCGAGACCUUCAGCCUCGGUGAUCUGCUGGGUCCGACCGUUUGGAAGCCCUUCUCCAUGGUUUGCAUCAUGGCCGUCCUCCAAAAUAUGGCUGGAUUUUAUAUUGUGAUAUCCUACUCCAUUCAGUUUAUGGCCGAGUUCCAUUCCGGCUACAGUCCAGUUCAGGUGACUGUGGGGAUAGCAGUGGUGAGACUAAUCGCCAUGACAUUGACUUCCUUCUGGAUGCGGCAUGCACGGCGGAGGGUCAUCGGAUCUGUUUCGGGGUUCGGCUCGUCUGCUUGCCUCCUGGCAGUCUUUGCCUUCUUGCACUUCGGACAUCUGGCACCAGUUCUCGUAGAGAACCAGUGGAUUUUGAUAGCUUUGUUCUUUGCUUAUAUUUUCACGAUGACCCUUGGAAUCUAUGCUCUGCCUUGGACGAUGCCUUUCGAGAUAUUUCCAAUGAAGGUGCGCGGUUUGAUGUCCGGCAUGACCUACGUUUCGCAGUUCAUAGCGAUGUUCGUGUCGGUGAAGCUGUACAAUGUUCUAAUGGAUAAUCUGCAUCUCCAGGGGAUGAUACUCAUGUUUGCGGUGGGGUCGGCGCUAUUCGGCUCGUUUUGCGUGACGUGGCUCGUUGAGACUCACCGGAGAACGCUCGACGAGAUAGAGGCAGAGUUCGCUGGAAAAUCAAAAGUUUACACGUGAAACUACUACAUCACCCGAGCGGGUAUGAUUUAAUACAGGCUCCAGUUCCUACGCGAAGGAAAAACGCCGUAAGAGCUUUCAAAUGUUGCCAAAUUUCCUACAAGAAUAUAUUUAUGUUUCAAGAAA